UCGCUACCCUGAUCUGUGUUGGCUUUUUCCUGAGAAAUCUAAAGAGUUAAAAUCUGCAAUCGCAGUGACAAGUCGUCGUCGUCAUAAUGAAGCUUCUCCAAACCCUAGGUAACAAACGUUUGCUGCAUCGAGCCUUAGAGCGUAGGCUGUUCUCUGCGUCGACGGAGGAGUACGGUAAACGAAAUUACGCCAACAAUGAGUCCGAAUACAAUACUGUUAUUAACUCUAUCACCGCUCAGCGAAGACAUUACUUGUUAAGGGAUGUAUAUGAUGACAUGGUGCUGGAUGGGGUAAAGCUAGAGAGGGACACAUUUCAUUCACUAAUCGUCGGUACUAUGAAAGGCGCUCGCUUGCAGGACUCGCUAUUUUUCAGAGAUGAAAUGAAAUCGUCGGGUUUGGUUCCCGAUGUCACUUUAUACAACUUUUUGAUCUCCACAUGCGGCAAAUGCAAGAACUCUGAUCAAGCAAUCCGGGUUUUAGAAGAAAUGAAGAGAUACGGAGUCAAGCCUUCUGGACAGACCUAUGUUUGUCUACUUAAUGCAUGUGCAGCUGAAGGUCGAUUAGAACGAGUGUAUGCAAUUGUUCGAGAUAUGACAGCGGCUUCCGUGGGCUUGAACAAAUUCUGUUAUGCUGGACUUAUAGCAGCUCACAAGAAUCAGCAACCUCUUGCCGAUGAUGUUGCAUCUAAAAUCAUUGAGCUUGUUGAGCAGUCAAAGAGUUGGUCAGAGGUUGAAGCUCCAGGGGAUAUUCAUCAGAGAUUUAUGACAAUCAGUUCUGAAGAAGAACUUUAUAAUAUUCCUACUGCUGAGUAUGUUCAUCGACGGGGAAUGUUGAACACACAGUUAACUGUCUACCAUGUUGCAUUUCAUGCUUUUGCUGACAUGAAAAAUGUGGAGGCUAUUGAUGCACUUCUGAUGAUGCUUGAAAAGGAUGGCAAAACGCCUGAUGUUUUCAUCCUGAUGCAACUCAUGAGGUGUUAUCUACAUUCUGGGGACUUAGAUCGUGGUCUUAAGAUUUUUCAGGACUACGUGAACUCUGGAAGAGCUGGCAUUAUAGAACUUUUUAUGACCCUAAUAGAAGGAGCAAUGGUGGGUCAUACUACCAGGGGAAUGCAAAUUGCUCAAGAGACACUGUUAACCUUCAACGAGAGGAAUUUUAUCCUGAGCGUAAAGAUGGGAAACGAUCUCCUCCUUGCAGCUGCUGGUGAAAAGACUGGUGGAUAUACUGUUGCUAAUUUAAUAUGGGACAUGAUGGUUGGUCGCAAUGCUACACUCCAGCUCCGUGCUGUUGAGGCAUAUUACAAUGGGUUGAAGGCACGUGACAUUCCAAAAGAUGACCCGCGAUUGAUGCAAGUUGAGAAGAUGUAUAAUGAUCUGAGGCAAAGGUUUCAAAGAACUUCAUAAGCCAUUGUCAAUUUUCCGAAAGACCUUCAGCAUUGGGUCACAUUUACCUUCAUUAUUGCUGCACUACUUUUAUUGAAAUAGGAAUUUUUGUAUUUCAUUUGAAUGCAAUGAUAAUGUUAUCAGUAAUUUUAAAGCCCAUGUAUGAUUAGGGUAAUUCCUGUCCUCAACAAAC